AUGGACAGCGGUUUAGUCCAAUCGGUGAGCCCGGCGCGCGAGUUUGAAGCGAGUCCGGGCGGGCGUCCGGCCGGCCAUGGAGAAUGGCUCGGGCUCGGCGCGGUGCGCGAUGAGCUGUCCGAACGGCCGGCGGCCGAAAUCCGAAGGACGAUGCAGAAGCGGCAUGGCGCUGCCGUUGGCCGUUUGCAGCAGAGCCAGCCGGAGUUUGAGAACGCCUUUCAAGAACUGUAUAAGUCUCUGCUUAGCAGCCAAGAGAAAGUAGCUGAAAAUGUCACACUGAAGGAGAAAUACUGUGCUUCCAUUACUACACAUAAAGAUUGGGGCAAAUUUGUAGCAUUGCAGAAUUUCCCCCAAAUAAGCAAAAAACUUCCUUCUAAAGACAGCCAUAAAACAGAGCCUUCCAUUCAUUCUGACCAUGUGAUGCUGAAAGACAGCAGCAGUAAUGUGGCUAUUGCUGGAAUCUACAGUACCACAACUGAAACUGCAAAAAUCUCUGCUAAAACUCACAAUGUAAAACUUGACACAUUUUUGGAUAAAGCAGAGUCAAACACUGAAACUGGCUUCUCUGCUUUAAUGCCACAAAUUCUCCACACAAAUUCAAGACCCACACCUGAUGAUGAAGGAAAAACUUCUGAAGCCUUGCAUGAUGAUGAAUCCAUCUCCAUUAGCUCUGGAGAAGAUUACAGAGAAACAGUUACCUGUGAAGAAUGCUCAAAAAUGUUUUGGAAAAUGGCAAAUAAAAGGGAACCCAGGAAAAAGCAACAUGGAUCAAGCAAGAAGAAGCUUUAUGAUCCUGCUUCAUUAUCCUGUGACCAAUGGGUCUUGAAAAAGCCUUUGUUGCCGAGAGGUAAUCUGCGUAAAUACAGAAGGGAGAUAAAGCACCUGCAAUCACUGGGAAAGCCUGCCCAGGUGAAAGAAACAGCAAAAUGGAUUCCCCAGUGUUCCAGGCCGCAUGUGUUUCUACACAGGAAUCUACAGUCCUGUAAGAGAAAAGUUGACAAAUUUCUUCAUGAGAGUGGAAAGAAACCACCUCAAAAGAUAAGAAAGAGAUCCAGGAAGAAAAAUCUCUUUGUCUACAUGCUUCCUGAAGCUCCUCCAUCUGCUAAUGUACUCUCAAAAAAUGAAGACUCUGGAUUUGAAUUGGAGGUCAGCUCUGUAAAAAGGAAGCUAGCCUCAGCUGUCCUGAACAGAGAAACAAGGCUCAAGAGAGACGGCGAUGAUUUUUCGGAUGAUUUGAACACCAUCGAAAGUGGGUUUUGCAGCUCUGACAGUAAGUCGGUGCUUUAUGAGAAUAGCACCUGUUUCAGGCAAGAUAAGCCUGCACCUGAUUUAUGUGAACCUGAAACAUCUGCCUUUUCAACUUCAACUUUAUUUUGCACUGAAGACCAUUUACAUUCCCAAUAUCAUGGUCCUAGAUCAUGGGAGGAAGCACCAAAUGAAAGUUCCACAGUUCCUCUUAACAGUUCUUUUGGUUGGGUAAAACCCGGAGGGUUUACAUCUAUGAUUGCGAAGUUAAAGGCUCAACAUCAAAUCUUACCGGGCAGUGUGAUUAAAGAGACAUGACCUGCCCUUUUGAAACUUGCCUUAAAGAAAUUCAGUACAGUGCUGUUCACAUUUACAGCUAUUGGGUUUUCUCUUUGCAUUGUCAAUUUUAAUUAUUUUUCUCCUGAAUUUGAUCUGUUGCAUUAAACAGCAGUGUUUAAUCUGUACACUUUAUUUAAAUAAAUGCUAAAGGCUGUGAAUUCCAAUGGCAGUCUCUUAAUUAAAUAAGCAUCAAGCGUUGACCAGCUCAACACUGUAGGAAAUGUACACAGAUAGUGGAAACUUCAUCUCAAAGCCUGUGUGUUCUUAAUGCAACUGGAAGCAAUGUAGAACGACUUUCUCUAGAAUGGAUCCUUUUUUUUUUGGCUUGCUGAAAACUUUACAGCUGUAAUCACUAAGGUAGGUGCUAUUACUUUGAGCUGUAGCAGAUGGUGUUUAUGAUUUUUUUUCAACAUUUUAUACCAACUUGCAUUGUCUUGUAGUGAGCAGAAUGGCAUUAAAUGCGUAUUUUGGUAAAUGGAUAUUGUAACUUAAAUAUCAAGUUGGUAGUAUAAAGGGGAUUUAGUGAGGUUUGUUAUUUAAGUUUUAAUUUAGCAUCAGCUUAAUACUAUCCCAGUAUGAAGAGACAGCUGUCAGGUUUACCCCGAUACAAAGGGGGGGCAAUCUGUAAAUCUGAAAUUUUUGAUUUGUUCAAUGUUUUUUUAUUAUUCAAAUUUUUAUUAUUAUUUAUUCUUAUUUAACAAAGCAGCAUAGCAUAUCAGAGCAGAUACAGUACAGCAUAUUUAUACAGCCAUCCCAUGACAGGAAAACAAAUUAAACAGUUUUAAUUACUUCUAAAUGAGGUUAGACUUGAUAUUCAUUGAUGUGAAGCCUGGGAUUAAAAAUGGUACCUAUGUCAUCACAACCAAUUUCAAUUUAUUCUCCAAUCUGCUAUAAAAUUGCAUUCCCAUUUCUUGACCAGUGGGGGUGUGGUGAAGCAACAAUUAAGUUAAAAAUCCACUGGUUGAGUUAAAGGGAAGACACUAAUAAAAAUAUGUUGGUAAUCAAGGAAUGAAAGUUCAGUUGGACCAUUGUUGGCAGAAUGAUCAAGGGAUAGUGUGAAAAUUUAGGUGGAUGUGUGCUGAAAUCUAUCAAGGAGUACUUUGAGCUAUAAAUUCAGCAAGGCUUGAGUGAAUGGAAUGACACUGGAUAGGACAGCAAAUAGAGAAGGAAGCAGACAAUGUACAAAUUGCGCAGAUGAAUGGCAGAAUUUAUUGUGUAGAAUGGAUAUGAUGACUGUUAAGCUUUAGGGUCACAGAAACAACAUGGAAAUGGGCCCUUCAGCAACCUAGUCCAACAAUCAAGCACCCAUUUACACCAGUGCUACUCUAACCUAUUGUCUCCCACAUCCCUAUCAAUUCUCCCCAGAAUCUACCACUCACUCAUUCACUGGGGCAAUUUAUAGUGGCCGGUUAACCUUCCAACCAUUGGAAGUUAGGACCAAUCUGGAGUCCACGGACCCCUUGCUUAAUGGCAUUGGUCGAUGGCAUAAAGAAAGGUUGAGAACCCCGGUUCUAGAGGAAAUCAUAUGGUCAACAGAAAAAUGCAAACUUCACGUGCAAAGUGCCCAAAGUUAGGAUCAAAUCUAAGUUGAAGCUGUGCAGCAGCAGCUCUACAAGCUGCCCCAAUGUAACACUUUCACUUUAGUGGAAAUGGAGUAGUUUUGAAUCUAGGCCUAAAUUUACAUUUCAAAUCUCAGUGUAAAGAUGGCACAGUAGCGGUAUCAAGAGUAUUGUGCUGGAAACAUAAAUUGAAGGAGGAAUUGAAAUUCAAGUGGCAAUAAUGGUGAUCGUGAAGCUCAAAUUCAAUGCUUGCAUAGUACCAGGUUCCUUAAGAUUGCUACAGAUGGGCAUGGAGGUGGGUAUAAGCUCCAAAUACCCAUUAAAUGCUCCUCCUUUGUCUCAAAUGGCCUUUGAUAACUGUCCAGCUCUGGAUUUCAUGUGUGACUUGGCUACUAGGCAUGGUAGAACUGUUUCUACUGUCAGAUGGAGGCAAAUAGAGGUUACUGGUGCCUAAAAACCAGUUGCUUUGGGUAGAUGGACUAUGUUUGGCAACCAAUCUAGGAGAAGAAAAACUUCCACUGCCUUGCAGCUAUACCAAAGAUGACUUUGGAAUUAAACUCAAAGAAAAAGGCUAGAGCUAGAGUCCCUAAGGCAGUCUUAAGUUGAGUUCAAUGCUGACUGCCAACUUCCACCUCCCAACAAUGCCACGGGGGCCCAACUUUAUAGGUCUCUGCCACUCCUUUAGCUUCAUAUGCUAUAUGGGCAGUAACUUGUUCUCCAUAUCAACCUUGACCAACAAAGGAGCUCAGAGGAGCCAAUGACAUCUGGAACUGAUGUGUGGCUAGAGUGGAGGUAGUACCUAUUGACAAGAUAUCCAAGGACUAUGUCAGGCAUAGCUUUGAUCAUCUAGCCAAAGUUUGGAUCCACGUAAGUGUACAGUAGCACAAGACACAUCUUGGUUGGAUUACCAUCUCUGCCACAGCACUUGAAUCUAAGAUCAGCAUACAGUAUGUGCAUGAAGUAUAGGGCCCAGAUGUGAAAAGGAGAACAUCAACCACCUUGCUACAGUAGGAAACACUUUUCUCCAGAAAGGAACCUGUGAACUGUUAAGAGUAAUGUUUGGGUUUAGGUCAUUAACACCUAGUAAUUGGCUUCAGCCACUAGUCUUCUGUUCCUUGGCAAUGAAUUUCCUAAAAGCUGUGAAUACCAGAAUCCCAGUCCAUUUGUAACAAUGCAUUUCCUAAAGCUGUGAAUACUGGAAUACCAGUCCAGACGCUGCUGGUGCUGAUGGGAUGAAUGUAAUCAGAAGGUGUGAAGUUUUGUUUGUAGCUUCAAAAGAAAGCAUUGUCUAUACUUUGUAAAUAUGAAUUGCCCUUUGUGUUUAGCAAAUAAAUAUUCAGCCCCACACUGGGCCAGCAGACCUUUCUACCAAAGGGGCCUCCAUAUACCUGCUGUACCUUGUUUUGUCAAAUAAAGAAGCUGCUUUCUAUCUACUAGUAACACUCUCUCCAGUGAUUUCAUUCACAUAACAACAUGAACAAAUAGCUGUUAAAAUUUUAAUGGUUGGACAAAAUUAAAGUUGUUCCUUAAAGUAGUUUGAAUGCUGAUCCAGCAUUCCCUUAUGGCAGUUCAAGUCUAACAGGUGAACAAUUUUAGCUGACUGAUUAGUAUCAUUAGGGCCUCAGUGCUGUGAAUAUUGGCUUGGGAUAGUCACCAACAUUGUUAAUGGCUUUAGAGUAUUUUGCAGAAAUAUCAUUGGUGGUUUUGUUCUGUUACUACCGUAUGUUUCAAAGUACAAGGUAUGGAAUUACUUAUCUAGAAGUCUGAGCUUUCUGUCAGUGUUAAGGCUUUAAAACUACAAAUGUUCUGAAGUUGUCAAACAUUGUGCUGACAUACUGAACGUGCCUGUGAAUUUCAACAUUUAUUUGUUGAAAAUGGCUUCUCUAAGUGUGUUUAUCCCAGAUCAUAAUUGACAGACCAGUCUUGCAAAUGUUACAUUUGAGCCCUAUUCUUGAGGACAUUUCACAAACAAGUCAAUGCUUUGAAUUUCUACUUCCAAAAGCUGCAUGGGCACUCUUACCUGCAUAACUGAGCUGCCACAUACCCCUGCUGUACAGCAUUAGACCUGGAGUAUACCCACUACAGGUGUUUAGUUUGGGGCAGAGGGCUUGUACGUUCAGAUUUUUUUUGAAAAAACUGUUGCACCACAGAUUUGCAAUCAAUUAGAUAAAUGUCUCAUUAAUAAGAAAGCAAACUUAUUCAGUCAACUUCAUAUUUGCAAAUCAUUUUGGGAGAGUGUGAAGCUGAUUAAUUUUCAUGAUCUGGGUAACAAUAGGAAGACAGUAGCAAUGGCCUGCAGUUGGAAUAAUUAGCCAGUAACUAUCUUCCUCUGCAGGCACCCUGACUCCAAUUGGAUGUUUCCUUAAGAUAGCUGUCAGUUUUCAUUUUCAAUUAACACACCAAUUCAGGGCUGUGUUUGAGCUCAAGGGCUUAAGUUAGUAGUACCAUUGAGGAUAUCUUGCAUCACUUCAUUGAUGAUGAGGAAUAGCACAGAGCCAGCUAACAAGCAAAUAAACACCCAAGCAGCUGUUCCUCCUCUCUACAUCAUGUCCAUCUCCCUCCUUGCAUAUGCCUGUGCAAGCAUCACUUAAAAGCCUCUAAUGUAUUUGCCUCUAAUACCACUUCAGGCAUCCACAACUCACCUACCCCCUCUCACCUUCAAAUACAUGCCUUCUGGUAUUAGACUUUUCAACCCUGGGAAACAGGUACUCUCAUAACCUUUAAGCCUCUAUCAGAUCUCCCCUCAGCCUCUGACAAUCCAGAGAAAAUAACCCAAGUUUAUCCUACCUCUCAUGAUGGUUUUCUCUCUAAAUGAGGCAGCAUCCUGCUGAACCUCUUCUGCACCUUCUCCAAAGCCUCAACAUCCUGAAGUGGGGCAGCCAGAACUAUAUGCAAUAUUUAAGUUGCAACAUAACCUCCUGACUUCUGAACUCAGUGCCUCGACUAAUAAAAGCAAGCAUUCCAUAAGCCGCCUUAACUACCUUAUCAACCUGCUCAGUCAUUUUCAAGGAGUUAUGAAUUUGAAUCCUAAGAUCUCUGCUUAGCAACAGUGUAUAGGCUCCUUACAUUUGUCAUACAGAGGUGCAACAUCUUACAUUUUUCUGGGUUAAACUCCCUGUACUAUUUCUCAGCCCAUACCUGCAACUAGUCUAUAUUGUGCUGUAUUCUUUGCCAGUCUUUUACACUGAACACAACCCCACCAAUCUCGGCAUCAUCUGCAAAUUUAGUAACCCUUUUAGUAAUCUUUUCAUCCUAGUUAUUUAAGUACAUCACUCUGAGCAGAGGUCCAAGCACAGAUCCCUGCGGAACUCCACUCUAAUUACAGACCUCCAGCUUGAAUGUCUACAAGACCAUAAGAUAAAGGAGCAGAAGUUGGCCAUUCAGCCCAUCGAGCCUUCUCCGCCAUUUUAUCAUGAACAGAUCCAUUCUCCCAUUUAGUCCCACUCCGCCAACCUUCUCACCAUAACCUUUGAUGCCCUGACUACUCAGAUACCUAUCAAUCUCUGCCUUAAAUACGCCCAAUAACUUGACCUCCACUGCCGCCCGUGGCAACAAUUCCACAGAUUCCCCAUCCUCUGGCUAAAAAAAUUUCUUCACAUCUCUUCUGAAUGGGCGCCCUUCAAUUCUAAGUUAUGCCUUCUCGUACUAGACUCCCCCACCAUGGGAAAUAACUUUGCCACAUCCACUCUCUCCAUGCCCUUCAACAUUCAAAAUAUUUGAGGUCCUCCCCCCACUCUGAACUCCAAGGAGUACAGUCCAAGAGCUGUCAAACAUUUCUCAUGUUAACCCUCUCAUUCCCAGAAUCAUUCUAGUGAAUCUUCUCUGAACCCUCUCCAACAUCAGCACAUCCUUUCUUAAAUAAGGAGCCCAAAACUGCCCACAGUACUCCAAGUGAGGUCUCACCAGUGCCUUAUAGAGCUUCAACAUCACAUCCCUUCUCCUAUACUCUAUUCCUCUGGAAAUGAAUGCCAACAUUGCAUUCGCUGCCUUCACCACCGACCCAACCUGGAGGUUAACCUUAAGGAUAUUCUGCACGAGGACUCCCAAGUCCCGUUGCAUCUCAGAACUUUGAAUUUUCUCAUUUUAAAUAAGUCUGCCCAUUUAUUUCUUCUGCCAAAGUGCAUGACCAUACACUUUCCAACAUUGUAUUUCAUUUGCCAUUUUUUUGCCCAUUCUCCCAAUCUAUCCAAGUCUCUCUGCAGACUGUCCAUUUCCUCAGCACUACUGGCCCCUCCACCUAUCUUCGUAUCGUCAGCAAACUUAGCCACAAAGCCAUCUAUUCCAUAAUCCAAAUUAUUGAUGUACAACAUAAAAAGUUGCAACAUAACCUCCCUAUUGUCUUCUAUGCACAAGCCAGUUCGGAACCCAAAUGGCCAAUUUGCCACAGAACCUAUGCUUCUGCAUCUUAAUCUUCUGGAUUAGCCUGUCAAGAGGGACUUUCUCAAAAUGCCUUGGGUAGUAAGGAGUUCGUACAUUCUCCCUGUUACUGUGCGGGUUUCCUCUAUAUGCUCUAGUUUCCUUCCAACAGUCCAAAGAUGUACUGGUUAGUAGUUUAAUUGGUCAUUGUAAAUUGCCAUGUGAUAAGGUUAGGGUUAAAUUGGUGGACUGAUGAGCAAUGUGGCUUUUUGGGGCAGAAGGGCCUAUUCUAUACUGUAUCUCUAAAUAAGUUGGUUUUAGUGGAUUUUUACUGCCUUUUGAACACUCAAGUAAAUGCUACUUACUAGAACAUGGAAGCAGUUUUAAUGGGAUCAAGGCAAGGUACAGCUACAUUUUUAUUUUACAAAGUAGCGAGUGGCACUGCUUGCAGUGGUGGUAGAGAGGGACAGAUACAUUAGGGAGAUUUAAGAGACUCCUGGAUAAGCACACAUGUGGGAGGGAAGGGCUAAGAUUGAUCUUGGGUAGAGGCACAAAUAACUGUUACACAAUCAAACCCUUCCCUCCCAUAUACAUGUGCUUAUUCAGGAGUCUCGUAAAUGUCCCUAUGUAUCUGCCUCCUACUUAAGUGAGCUGGGACUACAGUUUUGUGGAUCUAGUACUCUGCUGUUUUUUAAUGGCUAAUUUUCUCUUGUUGAGUUCACUUAUGUGUGAACAUCCAAUGAAAAAACAACUAAUUUCACUGGAUUCCAGUUAAUCAGAACUGCCACUACUUUGGACAACUCUUAAAAGAACAAAAACUAAUCAUAGCUGAGAUUCCCUUUGUUUAUUUGGGAUACUAUGCUGCUUAAUUGAUGCAGGAGACUUACCAAAUAGAUUCUAACUAGUGUCAGUCACAUGAACCUAUAUGACCCUUGGACACUACACUGAAGUUUUAAAGAGCAGCAGUUGUGUUUGAAAAGCAGUGAUUUUUGUCAUGGAUAGUUGGCAAGAAAUAAGAAUCCAGAACUGAUUUGCUCACUGUUUAAGCCAUGCCAGAAAUGGCCAGAUAUGAAAAUGAAAUUUCAGUACAGCAAGUCAGGAACUAAAGAAUUUUAAGGUAUCAAUUAUCUUCAGUGUUACAAUGAAAAGAUUUAGAGGAUGGGAUCAUUGAUAGCAUUGUAUGAAGGUAGUCCAUUAUCUGCACCACAGUCAAGAAUGUGGCAGCAAUUCCUCCAAUAACUAUUAGGAACUAAUAGUUUUAUAGUAUUGUAAUGUUAUAAUUGGUUCUACAUUUUAUUUAAAUUUUUUUUACUCAGUUAAACAAUAUGUCCUCAUACUUUAAAAAGACAUUUCCAUGGAACUUCAGCCAACUGGGGCAGUUGCUCAAUUGGGCAAAAGUAUGCCUCAAUUAACCAGAAUCCACCAUCUGUUCAGCACGUUGCUUGUGAACAGUUGUAAAUGAAACAAUUGGUAGAUUACACUCCAUUCAACAAAUAGUAACUAAUCUACAAAGAGCAUACAGGUGUAAUGGGCAUUCAAGACUCAGUGAUGGAUUUUCCAAAAGACAGCUGGGUGAGGAGAUUAUGGCAGCUUGAUUAACUUGAAGUAUUUAAUUUA